AUAUUAGGGGCCUCUGCAAGCGCCCUUCCCAUUUCUUCUUCCUGUUAUCACACUACUGGCAUCGAAACCCAUCUUCCAUCUCAGUCACACGACCAAAAAACUACUAAUAUCCAUCAUCUUCACGACCGUGCCGACUAUAACAACGUCGCCACUUCGAGCACUUCGAAAUCCAGGUGAACAUAAAGCAUACCAUUAUUGCUUGUGAUGUCCCUUGGGACCCUGACUUCGGUUCAACCCUCUCUACGUGGUGACCGACUUCUUCUGCGCCGAUCCGCUAAAGCAACACCUCUUCUACCGUGAGAGCGCAAUAGGUUGAAAGCAACAUGUCUUCGUCUAUCUUUUGCAAGGCACGUAGCUCGCUUGCCAGAAGAGUAGCACCUGUCACCCUGUUGGAAGCAUCGAAGUUUAGUCAAGCAAUUGAACAGCCGCUUCGUUCUGCGCUACCCCUAACACGGUAUUUACACACUCAAAUACCGGCGAACGAACCUUCCAAUUGCACUCGUCGUCCGCAACGAAGACCAGAAGCAAUGACUCGGUUGCGACGGUUACCAGGCUACGGAACGAAAGCGCACAACGGGCGAUAUGAACUCGACAACUCCCGUAUACGACCAGUCGCUAGAUGGAGGCAUUGUCGAGAGCAGAGAGCCGAUACGACCAACACCAGCCACUGCAAGGAGAGAUUUCAUCCAGUAUGGGCCGGACUUCUAGGAGCCAUUCUCAUCGUGGAGAGUCUGAAUCCAAAUUCUCGUCCCAUGUACACAUCAACGGAAAGAUUGUUCGACUGGCUCGGGUUGAAUAGGUCGAAUGAGCAUGAAGCACAAGAAGACCAUACAAAGUCAAAUUCGUUCCACCAUUGUUUGUCCGGGCUCCCUCACUGCGCCUACUGCGAUGAGCAUAUAAUACCGGUCGACAAUGGGGCGAGAAGUAUUCGCGAUGGACGCGAAUCAGAUGAAUCGGUGGCUAAGGAUGCUAGCGAAGGACAUGAAGCGGCCACUCCAAUCGACAAGGCAGGCUCGGGGCUCCCUAGUUUAUCUACCAUUCGUCUUAGAUGGGUUUAUUGGCCAACUUCAGAAGACUAGAAAACGAGCUGUUUGUGUCAAAUGAUCGAUAAAUUCACGUAAAAAUCCAUGAAUUAAGAAGCCAUAAGUGUUAAAUUGUAGGUUGGUGCCGCAGAAAACUGAUGGGACAGCCUGGACUAGAUACCGUACAAAAUCUUAUACAAAGGGGUCCGAGAUGACCCAUAUGGCG